CCCAUUACAACUUCCGUUUUUCAGUAGGGACGAUUGUAGUUCUGUGUAUUUUAGGGUGUAAAGUCUUUUUUUGCUGCCAGCCUGCCGUUUUUGGUGUACAGGUGCAUGCUUGGUAUCAAAAUGAUGGAAAUUGUCUAAGCUUUGGGCAGGUAUGAGUUUUAAUGGUGAAAGUUUGAAAUUCUGGGCGAGAGGACACAAGGAGACAGGUGGUGAUGAGGCUGCGAGUGACGUCCCCUUGGCGUUGCUAGGCACCCCUCCCAGCUGCCGGCAUGUAAAGGUCCAGAUUUUGACGGUCAACCUAUGUCAAGAUUUUUACAGCUUCUUUCUCUCAGGCUGGGCCAGAUGCCAGUGUCACACUUUGGUGUUUGUUAUGUGGAAAGUACUAAUUUAGUCUGAGGCAACAACACAGGUGGUGGGAUUCUUUUGCACUGUGAGUUGAGAUAUACAUACCAGCUUUCCAAAACAUUUGACCUGGUUAAGAUAUUUUGAACGUUGGCACUCCACGCGGUAAAAUCUCACAGUCUCGAAGUUGACUACAGUGCAGGUCACCUGAUACGAAAGCACAUAAACGCAAGGCUGAAAUUGACAACACCAACAACGUUGUGCAUGCUUACAGCUGGCGAGGUUUUCCGUAUUCGUAGGCUGAAAGAUAAAUACAUGAAUUUGGUGCGGUGACAAAGACUGGAAUCCAAGAUGGCGGUGGACAUUGCCGGAUUGAUAUCAGUUAUUGUGUUCUACGUCAUCAUUUUGGCGGUUGGAAUCUGGGCGGGGCGCAAGACGGCCAGAAGCAAAGAGAGUGAUGAUAUAUUUCUGGCCAGCCGCAAUUUAGGAGGAAUGGUCUCAUUCUUCACUUUAGCCGCUACCAUGGUGGGAGGAGGAUAUAUUAACGGAAGUGCCGAAAUGAUGUACAGUCGGGGCUUUCUAUGGACUCAAGCUCCCAUUGGCUAUAAUUGUGCAUUGUGCAUAGCCGGGCUGGUUUUUGCCCCGAAGGUUCGACAAGGAAAUUACAUCACCAUAUUUGACCCAUUCCAGAACAAAUAUGGCAACCGCUUGGGGUCGCUGCUGUUUGUACCCCAGCUAUUAGGGGACUUAUUCUGGAGUGCCUCCAUACUGUCGGCUUUAGGAGCAUCCCUGUCCAUAAUUCUCGGUAUCGAUGGCACAAUCACCAUCAUUGUUUCCGCGUGCGUUGCCAUUGGUUACACCUUCUUUGGGGGUCUAUAUUCUGUGGCCUUCACUGACGUCAUACAGAUGAUUUGCAUAUUUGCAGGUUUGUUCGUAGCAUUUCCCUUCGCAUUAACAAACGAAGCCGUGGACUUGUCCAAGCUGUCUGACGGAGUAUGGCAGGGAUCCAUUCAAACACGGGAGGUUGGCGUCUACGUCGACAGUUAUCUCCUUUUGAUCAUGGGUGGGAUACCCUGGCAGGUGUAUUACCAGCGGGCGUUAGCUUGUCGGACCAGUAAUAUUGCUCGUUGGGCAUCCGUGGCUGGGGGAGUAGCAGCUGCUGUACAGGCCAUUCCACCCAUGGCCUUGGGCGCUGCUGUUGCUGCCGCAAAUUGGAACAUGACCGCCUACAACACCAGUACUCCUCUGUCCCCGGAACAAACAAGCCUCGUCGUACCCUUGGCUCUGCAGUACCUCUGUCCCAAAGUCGUCUCUAUCAUCGGACUAGGGGCUGUAUCGGCGGCUGUCAUGUCAUCGGCAGACUCCUGCGUUCUCUCCACGGCCUCGGUUCUAACUCACAACAUCUAUGCCAACAUUAUCCGCCCUAGGGCGUCUCACAGAGAGAAAAUCUGGGUCAUGCGGAUUUCCAUUCUCGUCAGCGGAGCAUUAGGAACCAUAGUCGCCAUUUCCGUGAGCAGCAUUUACGGCUUGUUUUUCCUCUGCUCCGACUUAAUGUACGUCAUCAACUUUCCGCAGCUCGUGUGUGUCUUGUGGAUAUCGUUCUCUAACACCUACGGCUACCUUGUUGGGUUUAUCGUUGGCCUUGGCUUACGCAUUUCGGCAGGGGAGCCCUUGCUAGGGUUACCUGCCUUGCUUUUAUUUCCCGGAUAUGACGAAGAGCUUGGUCAGUUAUUUCCCUUCCGAUCAUUCACCAUGGUAACGGGACUGUUGUCGACGAUCAUGGUGUCUUACGUGACGAACCAGUUGUUUCUAAGGAAGAUUCUCCCCAAACGGCUCGAUUUCUUACGUUGUGUGACAAGCAUGGAGGUCACAGUUGACAAGGCAGACAUUCACGACGCACAGACGAAAGGAGAGGCCAUACCAUUAUCGGAAAACCAAAAGUCUGACUUAGCAGAGGAUUCAUAGGCUGGCCUUUCUCCGCUCUGGAACACUAUACUGUGCCUUCUCCUUGGACAAAAUACAAAACCUCAAAGUCAGAUGCAAUAAUUGUCCAGUGUGCCAAUCUGACGCAGUACAUAAAUCGGAAUAUAAAUACAGACGUACAGCAGUGUGGGUAAGACCAGAGCAGUCAAACAGCAGAGAUAGUAACACCAGAGCUGCGACGACAGUGUGACAGACGUACACCAGAGUGAGUAAGACAAAAGCAGCGACAACAGUGUGACCGACAGAGUAAGACCAAAUCGGCGACGACAGUGCGACAGAGGUACAGCAGAGAGAAGUAAGACCAAAGCGGCAACGACAGUGUGAGAGACGUACAGCCAGAGGCCAGAGGAGCGACGACAGUGUGACAGACGUACAGCAGAGAGAGUAAGACCAGAGCAGCGACGACAGUUUGACAGACGUACAGCAGAGAGAAUUAAGACCAGAGCAGUGACGGCAGUGUGACAGACGUACAGCAGAGAGAGAGAGUAAGACAAGAGCAGCGACGACAGUGUGACAACGUACAGCAGAGAGAGUAAGACCAGAGGAGCGACGGCAAUAUAACAGCUUGCAAAUGGUCAGACGUAUUCAAUGAAAUACGGCCUCUUGUUAAUUUACCUCAUUCAGGGUUUUAUUCUAACUGUUCAUGUAAAUGCAUAAAUAGUAGCAAUUUAGACGCCCCCAAGCACUAUAGCUUAAGCCGAAUUUGGUGAAAAUAUAUAUGCAGUGAUCUGAUUGCAAUAGCCUAGUCUAGUCUGGCCCAGAAUUACUCAAGGUGCUGUGUGAUCAUACCAUCACAGUAAAACCAAAUGCCAAAGGAAAAGGAAAUCAGUGAAAUAUGGUUUCAUCCAAACUUGGUUGAAAGUACUUGUAAUCACACAGCCUGGAAAGACUCCUAGAUCUGUUAUUCUGUAACUACAGUUUAUUAUUCCAAAAUACCUUGUAUUUUUGUAUUUUCAAACACGCAAAUUUACGGCAUUUAAUUUCCACAUGAUAAUUUUGAAAAUGAACAAAACACAGGUCACAGAAUAACAUUAGCUGGAAUUCUUUAAGCUGUUACAGAGUAUCACAGAACGUACAUUACCGGAUCCUCUUAAUCUGAUGUCAUCAUAGAAUGUGCAUUACCGGAUGCUUUAAAUAUGAUGCUAUGACAUCAUGAGCAUUACAGGAUUUUGUAAGUGGGACGUCAUCACAUAAUGCAUAUUGCCGGAUCCUCUAAGUGUGACGCUAUCGUAAAAUGCGCAUUACUGGGUCUUUUGUGUGACGUCAUCGCGGGAUGUGCAUAACCGGAUCAACUAAGUGUGACGUGCCAUAACACAAUUUCCCUAUCGGAGUCCUCUAACUUUGACGUCAUCAAAGAACGUGCCUAACGGAGCCCUCUGAGUGUGACGUCAUCACAGAAUAUGCCUUAUGGAGUCCCCUAUGUGUACACUCAUCACAGAAUGUGCCUCACGGAAUCCUCUAAGUGUGACGCAACAUAAUAUGUGUCACCACAUAAUGUGCAUUACGGGGGUGUGACGUCAUCAUGCAUUACCCGAUUUCAGCAUGAGAUCUUUACAUAUACGUAGCAUGAAAACUUUACAUAUUAACGGGAAAGACGUAAUCGUCCGUUACUUUUGAAUCACAAUCUGAUCGGUUAGGGUCUGUAACGCUCGUCAUUUUCAAACUGUAUCUAAUACCGCUUAACCUGGGGCAAGGGGCCGUAAAGGUAGCCAUGCUAAUUACAUCAGCACGAUGCCUUUAUGAACAGUUGCAAUUAAAGCGCGACUGAGAUACUUGUUUAAUUGUUAUUUGACAUGGAACUCAUUCACGGACUACGAAUUUGAACUUUGAUAUGGAAUUCAUGUCUGGAAUAUUCAUUGUCUGCCCGGCAUCAUUAAAAACUGAUGAUCGCUUCUCUCUUGUGUGUUACAGGCUUUAUUUCUUAUUUGUAUAAUUUCUUACAUACCUUUGUCUUUGGGAGUUAGUGUGAAACGUUGUUUUGGAAAUGGAUCUUGCGAUUAUCGACUUGGAACGCCCUUUACGGACUGUGAAUGGUAUAGGAAUGUCGGACUUGACGCUUAUAUCAUUAACUUUUGUUCACGAAAUCCCCCCUUUCAUUAUCUUUCUGUCCUUCAUGUGUGGUAUUUCCGUUGUACUAAGAACAGUAGUUGAUGGAACACAAAGCAAAGAUACUUAUUUUGAAACUUUAGCCUAGCUCAUUCGGCAUAUAGCAGUACUUCGAGGUACCAAUAUCAGGUAUGGAGGCCUGACUAUUGCCAAACGGUACGUUGAUGUCCUCUUGUUUAGGUUAUCAUAUUCAGCUACUAACAGCUACUAACUAGCUCUCUUGAGAUAUGUGCUGAGACAAUUUAAUACUUACAAAUGACGUUUAUAUCAUUACACGUAACAUGACUAUAGACAUUCUUACGCAAUUGAUAGCUAUAUAUUGAUAUGUAUACAUACACUGGUCAGUCAAGUAGGAGUUAUGUCCCCUUUUCCAUCAACUUCUGUAUCUCUUGCAUCGGUAUGUGGUAAAAAUAUCAAGAAUACAGAAAUCCAUAA